GACCAGAAAGAGGAACCAGAACCAACACGUAGAAAUCUGUAGCAGAGAAAAGCCUCACAACGUUCACAGAGAGACACAGAAUGGCUCUGCUGGAGUUCGUUUUAAUUCUGCUGCUUCAUGCUGAAGCAGGCGUCAGUGGAGGAAUAAUCGAUCUCUACAAUAAACCUGGAGAUGAGGUUGUUUUACCUUGUAACAGUAAACCAUCAUCUUCCUCAUGUUCCGAUGUUUACUGGUUUCACAGCAGAGAUGAAAGACGUGUAACUGAAGAGGAGGUUAUAGAUGGAAAUGUUAUUAAAAACUCAGCUCGAGCUGCCAGACUGAGUGUGAACAGUAACUGCUCUCUGGUCAUCAACAACAUCACUGAUGAAGAUGUCGGUCAUUACAUCUGUGGAUAUUGGAAAAGUUUUGACAGCGACUCAUAUGUGUUUCUAAAUAUUCUGACUGUCUCUCCGUCUCCACCAGAUGCUGAUCUACAGAAGGAUGAAGUCACAUUAACCUGCUCUCUGUGGAGAUACAGUAACAUUAAUCCUUGUAAACAGAGCAGCUUCCGCUGGUUGGAUGAUGAAGGAACUGAGCUGCAAGAUGAAAGUGUUGAUUUCUACGUCAACCAGACAAACUGUGUUUCCAGCCUGACUGUAAAACAUCAGAGAGACCACAACAGAAGAUUCACCUGCCAGUUUGUUGAAGGAAACAGUGUGAAGAUAGAAGCUCACUACACACCUGAUUCUACGGAACCAGCCUCCACAGAACCAGCCUCCACAGACUGGUUUCCUCUGAGAGGCUUCAUGUGGACUCUGUGCAUCACAGGACUGAUUCUUCUGAUUGGAAUCACUGUUGUUGUUUUUCAGAGGAGGAAGCAAAAAGCAGCUGAAAGACAGCAAAGUGAGUAAAAACUGAACUUUUCUUCUUUAUAAUUUCAAACAUCUACAUGGUCUUCUUAUAUAUAGAC